GACUUACCUUUGAAUUUAUCAUAUUUUUUGUUAAAAUGGUCACCAAAGCUCUAAAACUCGAUUGGUAUCGUUUUAACUUCCUCACUCCAUAAUGUUUACAUGUAAAUUUGUCAAAUUACAUUUGUGUAGGGCACUGGAAACGAGACGCGGCCAAGAUGCACGAAGCGACAUGCGCGGGGACAUCAAAAUUCUUUAUUAUUUACAACUGGUCUUAUUAUUUAUUCUGUGACUUAGCAGUCUUAUAUCGAGUUUAUAUUUCAUACAAUUGUUUCUGUGCAUCGCGGUCUUUGACUUUGUAUUUCUGUCUUUGUCGGGCUAUAAGUUGUCAUUUUGACAGCUUAACAGGAUUAAUUUGGCAUUAUUACAUCUCCAAAUUCAUUAUUUUUGUCGUUGAAUCCUCAAUGCAGUAAAAAAGCUGUUUUAAAAGAACGUAAACAUAAUCCUACUGGUUGACAUAAACAACAGCUUUGGCUUUUUUAGCAAAAUUCUUGAAUUUUUCUCAAAACGUAGGAUUAUUUAUGGAUAAUUUGGAUAAACAUUGAAAGAAGCCUGAUGGACAAUUUGGGCAUAAAUUGGCAGCUCAUUAAUACUCGAUUUUGUGGUCAUCGACGAUUGGAGAUCCUUUACAAAUGCGUGCCGAAAUCUAUACUCGCCGGGGAACAGGUGGACCAGCGAGUAAUCAGGAUUUAUUGCACCAUGGAAAUCUAUUUACUUCCUUUUGGGUCAGCGUCCGACCAUAUGAAUUUGUUGGUGAUUUGUGAAACAGCAAGACAAAAAUUCUAUGCUAAACUGACUUAUAGCGGCGAAAGAAAUGUACUGGUUUAUUCGUUUGUUGAAGAUAUAAAAUUACAAAAUUUUCAAAUUGAUUUCUUAAGGAAUUAUACACGCAUAAAAACUGUAUGUAUAUUAGGAAAUUGGUUCAGUCCUGUUGGUUGUGCUCCUGAUAAUUUUGGGAUAAACUGUCCCCAUUUCAUUGUUAUGAACACAAACAUUGCCAUGAUAUUCAUGAACCAAAUCCAAGCAUUAUUAUCCUCCACGAAUUUUAAAAGCGUUGUCUGUACACGUGAUCAAGCUACACAAACUUUCGAUGGGGAUAAAGAGUUUGAAAAAUGUCCUGAUGGGCUAAAUUAUGAGACAGAGAAAAACAAUCGAAUGCUGGUGGAAGAAAAUGUUGCUCUAAAACAGCAAUUGCUGGAAAAUGAUGAGGUGAUAAAAGAAAUGAAAAGUCAAUUUGCCAUACAGAAAAGAAAAUGUUUCAAAAUGAAAUAUGAAUAUUCAAUAGAGAUAAAAAAUAUAUCUGAAGAAAAAAUAUCGCUAGAAAACAAACUACAGCAGUUGAAAGAUAUAAAUGGAAAUUUGCAAAAGGAAUACGAAGACACACUACUUGACUUUGGACGACUUUCCGUGGAGAGCGAUUCCAAAACGAACUUAGGGAAAAAAAGCGAGACAUUUCAGAAACUAUUUUCUCCAAAGCUAUCGGAAUCGUUAGUUGUUAACAUGGCAGGUAAUAGUUCGUCUCAUUUUAGCCACUGGUCAACCAUAAAUUCUGACGUUCAGCCGAACAGCGUUCAGUCCGAGGACGAACAGAAACCAUUGCUUGCUUUGUCCCUGCCGUCUCCAUCAGGAGAGCAAUUUGUAGGCGCAGAUGGAGAAUUGGUAGUGUUAAAUGCAUGUCAAGGCGAUAACAAAAGCAAAGGAUUUGAAGCUCAAAGUCAGAACCAAGGCAGCAAUGUAAGACCGAACAAUGAAAGCAUUGAAGUUUCACCGCCAUUUCCUACUGAGGUACAUGAAAGAAGUAAUGCACAGCCCUUGGGCCUCAUAAAUGAACUUUCUACUUCAGUUAAUGCCCAUGUCUACAACAUUUACAGACUAUUAUUACUAACGAUAUCUGAUAGGUUGCUAUAUAGUGAUAUUAUCAAGCUUAAAGAAUGGGCAAAUGAUAAAUUCACAGUCGACAGUAAUUUAAGUGCAGCUAAAGUUAUUUUACAAUUGGACCAGAAAGGUGCUAUCAAUGCAUCGGAUUUAGGUCAGCUCCGUUUAUUCUUCGAGUCAAUCACAAGAUUUGAUCUAGUAUACCUUAUUGAUGAAUUUUAUGAUGGUGACUACAAUAAGUUGAGGAAGUUGAUCAAUCAGCAUAAGUCGAUAAACAUUAGUCAUGAACGAGUGGCCAAUAUAAAUCGCGUACACUCAUCUAGAGUUCUUCUACCACACAAUAGCACUCCAAGAUCUCUACUAAGGUCCAACCCCGUUAACCGGGUGAGCAAUGUUGAAGUAUUUGAACGACCUAGCAAAGCUGACGAGAACAAUGGCGUAUCCAUUGUCAGGAAUCCCCAUGUUCCCCACUCAAAUGUUGCCAGCACAAGCAAUUCGAUUGUAAUAAGUGGCAGUAGAUGUUCAACGUAUGAAAAUUCAGAAGAUGUUCCUGACUGUCCUGCAGUUAAUAACACAAGAGGUUUAUAAACAAACUAUUUUAUUAUUCCAUUAUUUAAUUUAAACAUUUUUAUUAAUUCAAAUCAAUACUUAUUUCUGAUAUAUUAUGUUAUUUCCGAAAUCUAUGCCACUGUCAAGAAUACACAUUUUCCACUAGUAUCAUAACAUAUUUUUUGUUGUAAAAAAUUAUUUCCUCCAACUUUUUCCCAACUUACGUUUAUAAUUUUCCCAACUUCAUUUCUACUGGAAGGGAAGCUACAGUAGCUCUUGCCACAGCCCCAUCCCCGCCUCAUAUAGUCUUAUGAAUUUAUGUUACCACUUUUACCACACCUUUGCUCUACUCCUGAAACAACAUGAAGAGAGAAUAAACAAUGAACAAAUUAACAAAUAUUAAUUAAAUGCCAUUUAUCAAUUUAACCAAGGAUACGCAGGUGGUGAGAACAUGGUAAGCACAAAUGAUGCUCCAGUUACUACAACAAAAAUCGGAAAUAAGUUGUCGAACAUAGGACAGCCUUCGUCUCAGACACGUCCAAAAUCGAGGGAACCGUCAUCUCAUGACGCCCAGAAUCGUCCUGCACAAUACAAUGGUUCUUCUCAACGCCAUCCGGAUGACCACUUUCAUGGGCCAAGGAACGGCAAUUUACAAGACAAUUGGCUAUGCAAUCACUACAAAAGAAGGUGCUUGGUGAAAUUCGAAUGCUGCAAUAAAUACUGGGCAUGCCACCGCUGUCAUAACAACGAGAGCACGUGUGGGCGGAAGAAACUGAAAUCACGUGACACAACGAUGGUCAAGUGUGUCGAAUGCGGAAAAGAACAACAGGUAACGUAGAAUAUGUUAAUGUUGUCUGCGCAUCUUUGUGAUUCUUUCAGUACAGCUCUUUACAGAGAGAUCAUUGAAUCAAGGGAAAUGUAGGAUUUAAAUAGCUAUGCAGACAUAAUACACCUUCUUUUGUCUUUCAACACACUUUUAAAGAAAAGUUGAAAUUCCAUGAGAUUUAUUUGAAAGCGUAAAAACUUAAAAAUCUAAAAAUAUGCAGCAUAAAAUUCUUCAGAUUUUACGCCAUAUUGAAACGGUUCAUAUUUUUAGAUUCCAAAGGUUUUAUGUUUUUUCAAAUAAAUAGCAUGAAUUUUUAACUUUUUAUUGUAAUGUGGUUGAAAGAAAAAGCAAGGAAUGCAUAUCAUGUCAGCAUCGACAAUUUUAAAGUUAACGGACUCUUUCCUUGCUUGAUCAACUGAUGAGGACAAUAUUGAAAAUGUAGCUAGGAUUGAAUUCGUCUAUGUUUGGAAAAUAAUUAAGUUUUUCAACGAACUCGAGUCGAAUAUGAGCUGAUAGCCGACGAGGCGCGUAGCACUCGACGAGAGUGAGAGGAAUAACUGUUUCAUUAUAUGUACAAGGUCUGAAUUCACAGACUUUGCUGUUCGGAUAUUUUCAAUAUUUUUUUAUUUUGUUUAUGUUUUUAUCUUCGCUCUUUCAUACACAAGGUUCGGCCGAAUUCACAGAAUUUUAAUUUCAAAAAUUCAUUUGCUAACAACAACUUGCCGUUUUCUCGUUCGCAAAACGUCGAGAAUUAAAUUUGAGCCGCCAUUUUUGUUUUCCUCUACUAGCAGGAUAUGAGCUAAUAUCCUGCUAGUAGACAACCAAUCAGAUUGCAGAAUACCUCAUUCCUACAGACCUUGUAUAAAUAAUUCCUGAUAUCCGGUAAAUUUUAUUGCUAAAAACACGUAAACUAUUAUUUUUGGAUUUCAUUCUUUCGUUCAGCAAAAAUGGUCAAAUAUAUUCAGUGUUGGAGAAUAAUAUAUUAAUUUCAGCUCCUAGACGAUGAUUUCAUAAUUUUUCUUCAUUUUUCUUUCUUUCUAGUUUGGUGAAAAUGGUCAAUUUUGUGUUUCAUGUGACACUCAAUUCGCCAAUUUCUACUGUGGUCUGUGCAAACAUCUUACUGGAAAUGAUGAUCACCCCUAUCAUUGCGAUAAAUGUGGCAUUUGCAGGUGAGAACUUGACGUAAAAUAGUAGGGAAUGUAACGAUUACUUUUGUACAACCUUUAUCUCAUCAGAGUGAUUGAUCGAGAUUGAGAAUAAAAAACGUUUCUUUUCUAGAAUUCAUGGGGAUCGCUCGUUUCAUUGUGAUGUUUGUGGUAUUUGUCUUGAUGUUCAACUUCGUGGAAAUCAUAAAUGUCGUCCUGAUUCAGCCCAUGAUGAAUGUGGCAUCUGUUUGGAGG